AUGCCGUCAUUCAAUCCAUUCUCGACCGUCACGGGCAAGCAUGCCGCUUCCCUCUUUGAGAUCAGACUAGACAAUGACUUCAUAGUCUUUCGCGGAGGAGAGGAUGAAUCUGCCGGCCAGAUUCUCAAGGGUGUCGUGGUGCUCUGUCUGCCCACGCCGCUCAAGAUCGAAGACGUCCACCUCCGACUGACCGGCACCCUCCGAUUAUCGUGGGAUUACUCCAAGAGUGCCGCGUCUGGCGUAUCGAGCCAAAAAGUCGACAAGACCACCACCCUGCUCCAACACCGCUGGGCUCCGUUCGUCGGCGGAAACGGUGGCAAGAACACCAUCCUGCAAGCCGGCAACUAUGAGUGGCCGUUCGAAUACACCCUCCCCGGUAACACGGCCGAGAGCGUCGAAGGAAUCCCCGAAGCGAGCAUCACCUACAAGCUCAAGGCUACCGUUGCCCGCGGCAAGCUCGCCUACGAUCUGCACGCCUACAAGGCUCUGCGCAUCAUCCGCACCCUCGAACCCGCCGCGCUCGAGUUCCUCCACGCCAUGAGCGUCGAGAACAUCUGGCCGAACAAAGUCGAUUACUCCAUCAUCAUCCCGCAAAAGGCUGUCGUCUUCGGAGCCACUGUCCCCUUGCAGAUGCGUUUCACACCGCUGCUGAAGGGCCUCGAAAUGGGAGAGAUCUCCGUCAAGAUGCUCGAGAUCCGCGAGUGCACAUUACAGGGACCUACUGGCAACAUUUUCAAGGAGCACAGGACGGAAAGAGAAGUCUCCAACUGGAAGUUUGAGGUGGACAGGGACGAGCACUGGCACGACACCAUCGAGGACACUGGCCAGGAGGGCUGGUUGGUGGAGAAGAAGCUGAACCUCCCCAAGAGAUUGCGACAGUGCGUCCAAGAUCUCAACCACAACGGGAUCAAGGUGCGACACAAGCUUAAGCUUGUUGUUGCCCUCAAGAACCCCGAUGGUCACAUUUCAGAGUUGCGAGCCACGCUCCCUGUUUCCAUCUUCAUCUCUCCCAACAUGCCCCUCGAUGAGCAUGGUGUUCUCGUUGACCAGGCUCCUGGUACGGCACCAGCCGCAGAAGUCACUCGAAUUGCGCCUCCCGGUUAUGGCGAGCACCUUCUCGAUCAACUAUACGAAGAUGUCGAUAUGAGCGGUUUCCAGACCCCUGGCGUCCAGUCAGGCUUCAGCAGUCCUUUCUACGCCCAGUCCCGCGCUGGCUCUUCGGAAAACCUUGCGGCUCUCGCCAUGUCGAACGGACACGGCCAUGGCGUUGCUCCAGCCGCGCUGUCAUCCCGUCUCCAAAACGUGUCUCUCGAACCCUCUCAACGCAACACUUCCUUCAACUCUCUCAACGCCAUUACCGAGGAUGUGGCUUUCCCGACAUCAGCCCCGACCGGACACAGCUCACAAACGCAAUCUGCGGCGCUGACCCGCCACAACAGCGCAGAGGAGCAUCCCAACUCCCACUCCUCCGGCCGCAACUCGCCUGAGCAUCUCGACUUCCCCGACAUGGCCACCUUGAGCAAGGUUCCCAGCUACACCACGGCAAUCAGGACACCUGCUGCCCGUGUGAGAGGCCAGUCCGGCGAGGCGCUCCCUGACUACUUCUCUGCCAUGAGCGCACCAAACACGCCUCCUGCCAGUGACGUCCCCGUCGCGGAUCCCCUGAGCAUGAUUCCCGAGUCCCACGAGGCUGCCACCAGCGUCUGCUGCACGCGGUUCAAGGCGGUGAUGAUCGCAGGCUGCACCUUCUCCAAGGGCGCGAGCGAGUAUAUUGAGAUUUCUUACGAUAUGUUUCACUCUACUCUGAUUUGA